AAUGAUGGAACCCUGCGGCUUGUGACUAACUCCAUGGUGUGGGUUCCUGAAGGGGGGAUGCUGAAGAUCACCAACCGGAUCUUGCAGGCUCAAGCUCCUGGUGUCCGAGCCGAGGACAUCAUCUACAAGAUCACACACGGCCACCCCCAGUUUGGGGAGGUGGUCCUCCUGAUGGAUCUGCCUGCAGACAGCCCUGCCGGCCCUGCUGGUCCUGCUGCUGGUCCUACCAGCCCUGCCGAGGAAGGGCAGCACCUGCCUGAUGGAAGAAUGGCCACACCCACCAGCACCUUCACCCAGCAGGACAUCGAUGAUGGCAUAGUGUGGUACAGACACUCAGGAGCCCUGACCCAGAGUGAUGCCUUCCACUUCCAGGUGUCUAGUGCCGCUGAUGCCCACACCCACCUGGAAAGUCACAUGUUCAACAUUGCAAUCUUACCUCAGGCACCUGAGGCACCUAAACUCUCCUUGGGGACAUCUCUCCAUAUGACCGCUCGGGAAGAUGGCCUAACUGUCAUUCAGCCUCACUCCUUGUCCUUUGUGAACUCAAAGAGUCCCAUCGGAAAGAUUAUAUACAACAUCACCGUACCUCUGCAUCCAAAUCAAGGUGCCAUUGAGCACAGAGACCAGCCUCACUCUCCCAUCCAGUAUUUCUCCCAGGAAGAUAUUAACCAGGGCAAAAUCGUGUAUCGCCCUCCCGCUGCGGCCUCCCACCUCCAGGAGAUCAUGGCCUACUCCUUUGUUGGUCUCCCAGAAUCAGUGAGAGUUUACUUCACAGUUUCUGACGGACAUCACACGAGUCCAGAGAUGGCCCUCACCAUUCACUUACUUCACUCUGAUCGGCAGCCACCCGCAUUUCAGAUAAGGGCGCCCCUGUUGGAGGUUAGCCCUGGAGGCCGCACCUCUCUAGGCCUGCAGUUGGUAGUGAGAGAUGCUCAGAUGGUACCAGAAGAACUCUUCUUCCAGCUUCAGAAGCCGCCACAGCAUGGCUCUCUCCUGAAGUCCACAGCAGAGUCCUCAGGGCCCAUGGCAGCAGGUGACACUUUCACAUACGGUGAAGUCGAGAGGAAUGCUCUGCAGUACGUACACGAUGGGUCCUCUGCCUGGGAGGACAGCAUGGUGAUCUCAGUCUCAGAUGGCCUGACAGUGACAACAUCAGAAGUAAAAGUGGACGUGUCCCUGUCAGAGAACAGAGGGCCUCGGCUGGCCCCAGGUUCCUCCCUCAGCAUGACUGUUGCUAGUCAACGGACAGCCAUAAUCACCAGGUCAAACCUUGCCUAUGUGGACGAUUCUUCCCCUGACCCAGAGAUCUGGAUUCAGUUAAGUUCUCUGCCCAUGUAUGGUGUGCUCUUAGUGGAUGAGGGAGGCAGGGCACCACUCUCCCUCCACCAUUUCUUUGCUACGGAUGAUCACGACAACCUUCAGGGUGAUGCUGUCAUUAAACUAAGCGCUCUACCCAAGUAUGGCUGCAUUGAGAACACAGGAACAGGAGAUCGCUUUGGCCCGGGAGCUACCAGUGACCCAGAGGCAUCAUUCCCUAUUCAAGAUGUCCUAGAAAACUAUAUUUACUACUUUCAGAGUGUUCAUGAAAGCAUCGAACCAACCCAUGAUGUGUUCAGUUUUUAUGUGAGUGACGGAAGCAGUCGCUCUGAAAUUCACAGCAUCAAUGUCACCAUUGAGAGGAAGAAUGAUGAGCCUCCCAGGAUGACCUUGUGGCCCCUCAGAGUCCGGCUGAGCUCGGGAGUGGUGAUAAGCAAUUCUUCCUUGAGCCUGCAAGACCUGGACACCCCAGAUAAUGAGCUGGUUUUUGUGUUGAUGAAAAAGCCUGACCACGGCCGCCUACUUCAGAGGCCCACUGCUUCUGACCCUCUAGAGAAUGGGACUGUUUUAGACCAAGGCUCCUCCUUCACCUACCAGGAUGUCCUGGCUGGGCUGGUUGGGUUCUUACCUAAUGACAAUGGUAUGACCGUAGAUGAGUUUCGGUUCUCUCUCACUGAUGGCCUUCAUGUAGACAUGGGAAGGAUGGAGAUCUACAUAGAACUGCCUACAGGCGACAGCCCCCACUUGGUGAUUAACCAAGGACUUCAGCUCCCCGCAGGGUCUGUAGCACGCAUCACAGAGCAGCACUUGAGAGUGACAGAUGCUGACUCAGAAGAUGGACAGAUUCUGUACAUCAUGAAGGAGGACCCUGGUGCAGGACGCCUGCAGAUGGUGAAGCCUGACUACCCAGAGCAGAUCUCUGUUAGAGGCCCCAUCCGGAGCUUCACCCAGGCAGACAUUAACCAAGGGCAGAUAGAAUACAGCCAUGGACCAGGAGAACCUCUCGGGAGCUUUGCUUUUAAAUUUGAUGUGAUUGAUAGAGAAGGCAAUAAGUUGGCUGACCAGUCAUUUGCUAUCAGUGUUUUAGAAGCCGAAUUCCCACCAGUCAUUAUCACCAAUAAAGGGCUUGUCUUGGAUGAGAACUCAGGGAAGAAAAUCACCCCUGCACAGCUCUUGGCCACUGACCAGGACAGCAAGGCUGCAGAGCUGAUCUACAGAAUCACUGCCCAGCCCCAGCUAGGCCGCCUGGAACAUGUGGCAUCACCAGGGGUCCAGAUUAGUUCCUUUACUCAAGCUGACCUGACUUCAGGAAAUGUUCAGUAUGUCCAUUCCAGUGAGACUAGGAAGUACUCCGACGCCUUCAGCUUUUUGUUGUCUGAUGGCGUGCAUGAGGUGACACAGACCUUCCACAUCACUAUUCACCCUGUGGAUGACUCACUGCCCCUUGUGCAGAACCAGGGCAUGCGUGUGCAGGAGGGCGUGAGGAAGACCAUCACAGAGUUUGAGCUGAAGGCAGUGGAUUUGGACACGGAGGCUGAGUCUAUCACCUUCACCAUUGUGCAGCCCCCACGCCAUGGCGCCAUUGAGAGAGCAGCCAGGGGGCAGCAUUUCCACCUCACCUCCUCCUUCACUAUGGAAGACAUCUACCAGAACCGGGUCAGCUAUAGCCAUGAUGGCAGCAACUCCCUCAAAGACCGAUUUACCUUCACCGUUUCUGAUGGGACCAACCCCUUCUUUAUGAUAGAGGAAGGAGGAAAAGAGAUUAUGACCGCAGCACCUCAGCAGUUCCAUGUGGACAUCCUCCCGGUAGAUGAUGGCACCCCUAGAAUUGUCACCAACCUGGGUCUGCAGUGGCUGGAGUAUAUGGAUGGCAAGGCAACCAACCUGAUCACCAAGAAGGAACUGCUGACCAUGGACCCAGACACAGAGGACUCACAGCUUGUCUAUGAGGUCACCGUGGGCCCCAUGCACGGCUAUGUGGAGAACAAGCUGCAACCAGGAAGAGCUGCAGCCACCUUCACCCAGGAGGAUGUGAACUUGGGGUUGAUUCGUUAUGUGUUGCAUGAGGAGAAGAUCCAGAAAGUAAUGGAUAGUUUUCAGUUUCUGGUGAAAGACAGUAAACCCAACGUGGUCAGCAACAAUAUCUUCCAUAUCCAGUGGUCUCUCAUCAGCUUCAAAUAUACCAGCUAUAACGUCAGUGAGAAGGCAGGGUCUGUCAGUGUCACAGUGCAGAGGACUGGGAACCUGAACCAGUAUGCCAUCGUCCUGUGUCGCACCGAACAAGGCACAGCCAGCUCCAGCUCUAGAGUCAGCUCUCAUCCUGGACAGCAAGACUACAUGGAGUACGCUGGCCAGGUGCAGUUUGAUGAACGAGAGGACACAAAGUCCUGCACCAUUGUCAUCAAUGAUGAUGAUGUAUUUGAGAGUGUUGAAAGUUUCACCGUGGAGCUCAGCAUGCCAGCCUACGCCCUGCUCGGAGAGUUCACCCAGGCAAAGGUUGUCAUCAGUGACACUGAGGAUGAGCCCACACUGGAGUUUGAUAAGAAGACCUACCGGGUCAAUGAGAGCGCUGGUUUUCUGUUUGCACCCAUUGAAAGAAAAGGAGACUCAAGCAGCAUUGUGUCUGCCAUUUGCUACACAGUCCCUAAAUCGGCUAUGGGAAGUAGUCUGUAUGCUCUGGAAUCAGGUUCUGAUUUUAAGUCCAGAGGGAGGUCUCCUGAGAGUCGUGUGAUAUUUGGACCUGGUAUCACCAUGUCUACGUGUGAUGUCAUGAUCAUUGAUGACAGCGAGUAUGAAGAGGAAGAGGAGUUUGAGAUUGCCCUGGCUGAUUCUUCUGAUAAUGCCCGAAUUGGAAGGCUGGCAGUGGCCAAGGUGCUCAUUAGUGGUCCCAAUGAUGCCUCGACUGUCUCCCUGGGCAACACAGCUUUCACGAUCAGUGAGGAUGCAGGCACAGUGAAAAUUCCAGUUAUCCGCCAUGGGACUGAUCUUACUACCUUCACAUCUGUCUGGUGUGCAACACGACCCUCAGAUCCAGCUUCUGCCACUCCAGGAGUUGACUAUGUCCCUAGCUCAAGGAAGGUGGAAUUUGGACCAGGUGUCACCGAACAGUACUGUACCUUGACUAUCUUGGAUGAUACGCAAUACCCAGUAAUUGAAGGACUGGAGACAUUUGUGGUUUUCCUCAGCUCAGCACAAGGAGCUGAACUGACCAAACCCUUUCAGGCUGUCAUUGCGAUAAAUGACACAUUCCAAGACGUUCCCAGCAUGCAGUUUGCCAAGGAUUUGCUUCUAGUGAAGGAGAAAGAGGGUGUCCUGCACGUUCCUAUCAUCCGGAGUGGGGACCUGAGCUAUGAGUCAUCAGUGAGGUGCUACACUCAGAGCCACUCAGCUCAGGUCAUGGAGGACUUUGAGGAGAGAAGAAAUGCAGACUCUUCACGGAUUACGUUUCUGAAAGGGGAGAAGGCGAAGAACUGCACUGUCUACAUCCAUGAUGACUCCAUGUUUGAGCCUGAGGAGCAGUUCAGGGUCUACCUUGGCCAUCCCCUUGGGAACCACUGGAGUGGAGCCAGAGUCGGGAAGAACAGUGUGGCCACUGUGACCAUAUCCAAUGACGAAGAUGCUCCUACCAUUGAGUUUGAAGAAGCUGCCUACCAAGUGCGGGAACCUGCAGGGCCAGAUGCCAUUGCAGUUCUGAGCAUCAAGGUCAUCCGCAGAGGCGAUCAAAAUAGGACUUCUAAGAUCCGCUGCAGCACUCGAGACGGGUCUGCCCAGUCUGGUGUGGAUUAUUACCCCAAGAGCAGAGUCCUGAAAUUCAGUCCUGGUGUGGAUCACAUCUUCUUCAAAGUUGAGAUCCUGUCCAAUGAAGAUCGGGAAUGGCACGAAUCCUUUUCUCUAGUCCUUGGCCCAGAUGACCCAGUGGAAGCAGUGCUUGGGGACGUGACCACAGCGACUGUGACAAUUCUAGACCAAGAGGCAGCAGGAAGUCUCAUAUUGCCAGCACCACCCAUUGUCGUCACCCUUGCUGACUAUGAUCAUGUGGAAGAGGUUACAAAGGAAGGAAUCAAGAAAGCCCCAUCUCCAGGCUACCCACUGGUCUGUGUCACUCCCUGUGACCCCCACUUCCCUAGGUAUGCUGUCAUGAAGGAGCGCUGUAGCGAGGCUGGCAUCAACCAAACAUCCGUGCAAUUCAGCUGGGAAGUGGCUGCCCCCACUGAUGGCAAUGGGGCUCGGUCUCCCUUUGAGACCAUUACUGAUAACACACCAUUCACCAGUGUCAACCACAAGGUCCUAGACAGCAUUUACUUCAGCCGGCGGUUCCAUGUGCGUUGUGUGGCAAAGGCUGUGGACAAGGUGGGCCAUGUAGGGACCCCUUUGAGGAGCAAUGUUGUUACCAUUGGAACAGACAGUGCUAUCUGCCAUACCCCAGUGGUGGCCGGGACAGCUCGAGGCUUCCAGGCACAGUCCUUCAUUGCAACCUUGAAAUACCUGGACGUCAAACACAAAGAGCAUCCAAACAGAAUCCACAUCUCGGUGCAGAUUCCCCACCAGGACGGAAUGCUGCCUCUCAUCUCCACAAUGCCCUUACACAACUUGCAUUUCCUGUUGUCCGAGUCCAUCUACAGACACCAGCACGUUUGCUCCAACUUAGUCACUGCCCGUGACCUGCGAGGACUCUCAGAGGCAGGGUUCCUAGAUGAUUCAGGCUUCCAUAGUACUGCUCUGGGCCCUGGCUAUGACCGCCCCUUCCAGUUUGACCCAAGUGUCCGGGAGCCUAAGACCAUCCAGCUGUACAGACACCUGAACCUGAAGAGCUGUGUAUGGACCUUUGAUGCGUACUAUGACAUGACAGAGCUGAUUGACGUGUGUGGGGGCUCCGUGACUGCUGACUUCCAGGUGAGGGACUCUGCUCAGUCAUUCCUAACAGUACAUGUGCCUCUCUAUGUGUCCUACAUCUAUGUGACAGCGCCCAGGGGCUGGGCCUCCUUGGAGCACCACACAGAGAUGGAAUUUUCUUUCUUCUAUGACACGGUUCUUUGGAGAACAGGGAUCCAGACAGACAGUGUGCUCUCUGCCAGGCUUCAGAUCAUAAGAAUCUACAUUAGAGAGGAUGGCCGUCUCGUCAUUGAGUUCAAGACCCAUGCCAAAUUCAGAGGACAGUUCGUGAUGGAGCAUCACACUCUCCCAGAUGUGAAAUCUUUCAUACUGACUCCAGACCACCUAGGAGGAAUUGAAUUUGACCUUCAACUCCUAUGGAGUGCUCAGACGUUUGACUCUCCACAUCAACUCUGGAGAGCCACAAGCUCUUACAACAGAAAGGACUAUUCGGGGGAAUACACCAUCUACCUGAUCCCUUGCACUGUGCAGCCCACACAGCCGUGGGUGGACCCAGGAGAGAAGUCUUUGGCUUGCACUGCACAUGCUCCAGAAAGGUUCCUGAUACCCAUUGCAUUCCAGCAGACCAACCGUCCCGUGCCAGUUGUGUAUUCGCUCAAUACCGAAUUUCAGCUCUGCAAUAAUGAGAAGGUAUUCUUGAUGGAUCCCAACACGUCUGAUAUGUCACUGGCAGAAAUGGAUUACAAAGGAGCCUUUUCCAAAGGGCAGAUCCUUUACGGCCGAGUCCUUUGGAAUCCGGAACAGAACCUUCAUUCUGCUUACAAACUGCAGCUGGAGAAAGUCUAUCUUUGUACUGGCAAGGAUGGCUACGUGCCUUUCUUUGAUCCUACUGGGACAAUCUACAAUGAGGGGCCACAGUACGGAUGCAUCCAACCAAACAAACACCUGAAGCACAGAUUCCUGCUGCUGGACCGCAGCCAGCCAGAGGUCACCGACAAGUACUUCCACGAUGUGCCUUUCGAGGCCCACUUCGCUUCUGAGUUGCCUGACUUCCAUGUGGUCAGUAGCAUGCCAGGUGUGGAUGGAUUCACCCUCAAAGUAGACGCCCUCUAUAAGGUGGAAGCAGGGCACCAGUGGUAUCUCCAGGUGAUCUAUGUCAUUGGCCCCGACAGCAUCUCGAGGCCCCGGGUCCAGCGCUCUCUCAUAGCCUCUCUGAGACGCCACCAAAGGGACCUGGUGGACCCCCGUGGCUGGUUGUCUCUUGAUGACUCCCUCAUCUAUGACAAUGAAGGAGACCAAGUCAAGAAUGGCACCAACAUGAAGUCCCUGAACCUGGAGAUGCAGGAGCCCAUUGUAGCCGCUUCCCUGUCUCAAACUGGAGCAUCUAUUGGCAGUGCCCUGGCUGCUAUUAUGCUUCUCCUUCUGCUGUUUCUGGUGGCCUGUUUCAUCACCAGAAAAUGCCAGAAGCAGAAGAAGAAACAGCCCCCAGAGGACACUCUGGAGGAAUACCCCUUGAAUACCAAGGUGGAUGUAGCCAAGAGAAAUGCAGACAAGGUAGAGAAGAAUGUCAACAGACAGUACUGCACUGUGCGCAAUGUCAACAUACUGAGUGACAGUGAGGGCUCUUACACAUUCAAAGGUGCUAAAGUUAAAAGGAUGAAUCUGGAAGUCAGAGUCCACAACAAUUUACAAGAUGGAACAGAAGUUUAACGAGAAGACACAUGUGUAUUUUUUUUUCUAAACUCAUUUUUAUAAAACAGGGAGAAAUACUGGUAUUUUUAUAAUCUUUCAGAUUUAAAACAAAGGGAAAACUAGCUUUGAGUGGUGGACAGCACACAUCGCAUGCAUAAAACUCACAACUGAGCUACCUCAUGAAAUAGAACCACUGAGACCCCCCCAGAGUGGCAGAGUCGAGCUAUUCCUACAGGUCCCCAUAACAGUCCCAGUGGCUGUGCAGAGUGACUCUGUAAGGCUGACCACAGAAGUGCUUUAGAAUUAGGACAUACACUGCACAAUUAGCUUUGCUGAUAGAUCCAAAAGAGCUGGGCACAGUGGGUAGCAGAUAUCUGAGAGUACAGAGCCUUUGGUUUCCUCCUUCGCCCCCAGCUUUCUACUGUGUGGGCUGUUCUGGACUUCUAGCAGCAGAAUACAGGCUGCUGACUCAGAUUCCACUAAAAAUUCUAAUCGGCACAACUCAGACAUUUGUUUCCACUUGAUGUCCUGCGCACCCUGGCCUCUAGAUACGCUUGGCUUUUCUAGAGAGUGUUUUGAAUGGGGACCUCAGCAUGCUUUAGACUGGAGCACAUGUCUGUAUGUGAUUUAAAAGCAGGGAGGGCUCAAGCCAGGGCCAUGAAGAAUGCUGCAAAGUUCCAUAGACCUUGCAUGCCAGAGAUCCUUUUUAAAAUCAACCACACUUCCCACUUCCCCGGGCCUUCUGCGGGGCAGCAAUGCAAGGGGAGCCCCUGGGCUUUGGGUUUCCAAUUUUGUUAGUGCUUCUGGAAAGUAAGUGAAUCCUUUGAGUAAGCAAAUUUACUAGAGGUUGGAGUGAAACCAGAUACACAUGGGACCUGUUUGCUGUGUGUCACACAUCAGAUGGAGGCACUAUCCCUGACACAAUAGUUCGGGGACUUCUCUCUGGGGGUUCUUUUCUGGUAGCUCAGGCACUUAAUUUCCCCAUAUCAGUACAUGACAAGGCCGCAAGUAUGUGGCUUUGACAUAGCAUAGUGUUCAAAUACCAAGUUGAAUAUUCUGUGUGUAGUGUGCACACAACUUGCCUUUGUUUCCUUUUCAUUUCUACCUUAUCAGCAAAACAUUAGGCGUGCACAUUGUGUUUUUAACCAGAGGCACAAUUAAUUCUGUUAGCCGGAAGUGAGUGCUGUUACAGUGCAUGGCACAUCCUAUCACUGAGCAAAUAGCAUAGCAUCCUCGUUGUGGAGUGUAUGUAUGGAGAUGACCCAAACUCUUUGAGAACAUUCCAGACUCCUACUAAAAUCUAGAAAGAAUGAGCCAUGGAAAAUUUACAGGCUACUCUGCAGACCCCACGCUUGAGCACAGAGCCUGUGUGAGCCACACCUCCUCAUUCUUCAGCAGUGCCUUGCACAUUGCCAGCAUGCCACACAUGUUUGUUGGGUGAACAAAUGAACGGACAGUGGUGUGAUGAGUGACUGAUAGCGAGGAGAUUUAGGAAGAAGAGAUUACAGGGCAUGUAGAAGUGCUCUCUGUUGUACUUGGCUUGUGAAAUAGCCCUCCAACUGGGAGGGGGGAAAAGCACACUUUUAGGUGGGCAUGACUGGUGGUGGUCCUGAGGAGGCAGGAUUAGAAAAGAUUGCAAUAAUGCAUGAGCUGUGUAUUGGCAUCUAGAACAGAUUUGGGGGAGAGCCGGUUUCAUGUUGGUGCAGUGUGUUCAGGAGAGGGUGUGUUGGAUUGAGCCCAGAAAAUUCCUGGCUUCUUGGGUGCUGCUGUAGAUCAGCUUGCAUAAUUCAGGGCAGAAAUUGUGGAAUAGCCUCAAGAAUCUGGAAUUGAUACCCAUCUCAUGUGGCAAAGCUGAUGAGCCAAGCAUUCAAUCUCCAGGACAACCCAGAGGGCUAGAGAAACGACAGGAGCCAAUCAUCUGUAGAGCAGUCUCCCAUUCCUACUUGGCCCAUUACUGGUCACACCUCCCGGUGCCUGAUGGGAUGUCCACACAUUAGAGCAGCAAAUCCCCAUGGACUCCCAUGUGCUGCUCACACACACCCAGUGGGACACGGACAGAUGGGUGAGGAGGUGGCAGAAAGCUGGAUGUGGGAAGGGUGACCCAACCCAGAAGCCUUCAUGUACCAGGUGGGGAGUGACAGACACAUGGGGAACUCUGUGAAGGGAAAACCCUGAGAUGGCCCUGCCCCCUGCCUCGCCACUCCAGACUCUUCAUUAGAAGCCAGCACUUCUCUAGUGGAUGCCCACUUCUUAGGCAGGGAGUGUUAAGAGGUGUGAGGCUGAGAUUUGCCUGACUGAUGUUGACUUGUUCAUUUCAUUUAUGUUUUCUAUUUCAUCUUUGGAUUGAUGGUAGAUGACUCAUGUGGAUUCUAUUUCAGUGAAAGCUCCGCUUUCAGUGUUUCUUACUUAUUCACUAAUGCCUUGUGUGUGCUUUACUAACCUUUUAUACCAUACCUUCAGGUGGGCAGGAACAGAAGCCUCUCAGCAGGGUUGCUCCUUGCUGUCAGAUGCUGGCUGUGAAGGUCAAAAGAAAUAAUUGUCUGCACCAUUUUUCUGCCUUGCCUGCCCCUUUAUUGUACCAGGGUCUUCUGAAAGCUCCUGCAGGUUCCUAUUGUUGGAUAGGAAAUUGUGUGGGAAAGCAUUUGCACAGUCUUAACAAUAAUCGCUCUCAGUCUCCCGUAGGUAUUUGUUAACCCUGGUUAUUUCUCACCUACUCAGACUGAGGAAAACAUCUGUGGUGCUGUCAACCUGAGUUCUUGACCCUCAAAUGAUUUUUUUUGUAUUUCCAGUAUGAAUUUGUGUGUUAUGAAUUUCUGAUUUCUCCAAUAGCAUAUGCCACUAUAUAAAUUUUUAUCAAUAAUAAAUGGCAGCCUGAUUGUC